CUUGUUGACAUUUUUCAAUAAUCUAGUUAAUAACAAAAUUUGGAUACGGUACUUUACAUAUAUAUAGCUGAAAUGUAUAGCACUGGAGGCUUCAGCAAUACUCAUGCUGAAUACAUAUCUGAAUGUGGAUCCAUUGCAUCGGUAGCUUCCCUCUCAUCAGAUGGAGUAAUUAUGAAGAAGAAAUUACCAACUCACAGAGAGAGCCACAAUGAAGAGGACCUUGACUGCGCCAAGAACAGGAGUUCCACUGAAUGGAAUAAAAGGCAGAACCACAGUGAGAUUGAAAAGCGCCGAAGAGACAAAAUGAACACCUACAUCACUGAACUGUCACGAAUGAUUCCUCAGUGCCGCAGUCGCAAGCUUGACAAACUGAGUGUGUUGAGGAUGGCAGUACAACACAUCAAAAUGCUACGGGGGUCUCUGAACUCUUACACAGAGGGGCAGUACAAGCCAAAUUUUGUUUCUGAUGAACAAGUGCAAGUACUGCUGCAGCAUGAGUGUACAGAUGGCUUCCUCUUCGUUGUAGGAUGUGACCGGGGCAAGAUCCUGUUUGUGUCUGAGUCAGUCUCCAACAUUCUGCACUACUCACAGUGUGAGUUGCUUGGGUCGAGUUGGUUUGACAUUCUACAUCCCAAGGACCUGAGCAAAGUAAAGGAACAACUUUCGUGCGGGGAUAUAAGCCGUCGGGAGCGACUUGUUGAUGCAAAAACUCUUCUGCCCGUGCACCAUUCACCUAACAGCAGCAAUAGCAGCACCUGCGGAAACUAUAACUCCUUCCCGCCGGACCUUACACGUCUUUGUCCAGGCUCUCGUCGCGCAUUCUACGCCAGAAUUAGACGGCCCAACUCCAUGCAGACAACCACGGACGAUGCUGAGGACUCCACAGCAAUGAUGGGCAACAAACGUUACUUGAGCAUCCACUUCACUGGAUACCUCAAGAGCUGGCACGGUGCGAUACGCUCACCGUCUGGACAUGAGGAUCAUGACUCGGGCGACGCGGCAUGUCUUGUGGCCAUAGGACGUCUACAUCGAACUCUCACUUCUGCUACAUUGCCUCUUCAGUUUGUAGCUAAACUUUCAGCAGAGGCAAAGUUCAACUACGUAGACCAGAGAAUGAGUGUAGUACUGGGUUGGCUGCCGCAGGAAGUUCUGGGCGCCAGCGUGUUUGAGUUGAGUGAUCCAAAUGAUCACUGCAGGAUCGCCUCAGCUCACCGCGCUCUCAUCUCUAAAUGCGCUCAGGAGCAAUGCUUGCAGCAUCGCUGCAAACAUAAAGAUGGCCGCUAUAUUCGACUGUCUUCCUGUUGGAAGCUCUUCACAAACCCUUGGACUAAUGAGCUUGAGUACAUAGUUACCACAAACUCCGUUCUACCUGACACUAUAGGGGCUGAUGAAUCCCCACAACUCAACAGCUGCUUCCAAGACCCGGAGGCUCCAGAGUGUCCAGUGUCACCAUCACAUCCCAGCGGGCCUUCUGCUGGAGCCCCUCUUCCAGAUGUUGCUCCUGCCGUGCCUGAGGCGCCUUCAAGUCGCCUCGGUAGCGACGUCUCCAAGAGUCAAUCACUCGGCGCCACUCCUGGACUGCCGACCACCACAUAUUCCAUAGCCACUCCUGCGACUAAGACUACUACAGGCGAGGACUGUGGUGGCCAAGGAGAGAACGCGGGCCAAGAGCAGCAGGCGGGGGAGACUGGCAGCACGGACAGCUGUGCCGUGCAGCUGCAUCUCGACGCGCCUGCCCGGCUGCCUUUCCAUCAUCACUACAACACCCGCAGUGAAAGCGAAGCCAGCGGCUUGGGUGAAACAACUAGCGACUCGGACGAGGCGGCCAUGGCCAUCAUCAUGAGCCUCCUGGAGGCCGACGCCGGACUUGGAGGCCCUGUGGACUUCAGCCAUUUGCCGUGGCCUCUGCCUUAAGGCACUGCACCCUGCCUUGAGGCAUGAUGAAAUUAUGAUGCAUCAUAAUUAAUGCCUUAUGGCAUGAUGCAUUAUAAUUAAUUGUAUUCUGCCGUGAGGCACUGCACCCUGCCUCGAGGCAUUGCACUCUGCCUUAAGGCACUGCACUCUGCCUCGAGGCACUGCACCCUGCCUCGAGGCACUGCACCCUGCCUCGAAGCAUUGCACUCUGCCUUAAGCUGCACUCUGCCUUGAGGCACUGCACCCUGCCUCGAGGCACUGCACCCUGCCUCGAGGCACUGCACCCUCCCUUGAGGCACUGCACUCUGCCUUGAGGCACUGCACCCUGCCUUGAGGCACUGCACUCUGCCUUGAGGCA